GCCCGCUCGCGUUCCCGCUCCCGCGACCGCCGCGCGCCGCGCCGCCGGUCUGCGAGCAGCAGCAGCCGCUCCAGCUACAGCCGCAGCAGCAGCAGCGGCGGCAGCAGCCGCUCGCGCUCGCGCAGCAGCAGCAGCAGCCGCAGCCGCGGGCCGCGGCGCCGGCGGAGGAGCCCGUCCAGCAGCCGCAGCCGCUAGCAGUUGCGCGGCCCCCUGCCCCCUUGGGGCGGCCGCGCGCGGGUUGCUUUGGUGGCGCAGCGCGCGCCGGCCUGCCAAAAGAGCACACA